CCAAUGGAGUGUCUUAGAUGGCUGAUCACAGGCUUUUAAGACCCCGGACGCUACUCACGAAGGGUUCUCUAAUUGUUAUUCCAGAACACAAAUUGUGGUGUGAUAAAGGGGAAGUGCUUAUUCCUCUUGACAAAGACGUUUGAGCCCAUCAUUUCAGGAGAGUGAAAGGAACCUCAUCCAAUCUGUUGUUGGCGCUGCAGGAAAGAACAUGAGCCCACUAAACUGCUCCUUCAAUGACGUGGAUGAGCUGAUGAAAGUCCUACAGCUGGCAGUCCACAUCCCCACCUUCAUCCUGGGCUUAGUGCUCAACCUGCUGGCCAUCAGAGGCUUCAGCACCAUCCUGAAGAAGAGGUGGCCAGAUUAUGCUGCCACCUGCAUCUAUAUGAUCAACCUGGCGGUCUUCGACCUGCUGCUGGUGCUCUCCCUCCCAUUCAGGAUGGUGCUCUCCCGCACGCAGGUACAUUUUCUUUCCUUCUGCACCAUGGUGGAGUGCCUCUACUUCAUCAGCAUGUACGGGAGCAUCUUCACCAUCUGCUUCAUCAGUCUGGACCGCUUCUUGGCCAUCCGCUACCCACUCCUGGUCAGCCACCUCCGCUCACCCGGGAAGAUCUUCAUAAUCUGCUGCAGCAUCUGGGUCCUGGUGUGGGCUGGGAGUAUCCCUGUCUACAGCUUCCAUGGGGAAACGGAAGAGUACAAGUGCUUCCACAACAUGUCCGAUGGUACCUGGAGGGCAGAGACCUUCUUCCCCUUGGAGGUGUUCGGGUUCCUUCUUCCCUUGGGCAUCAUUGGUUUCUGUUCCUCCAAGAGCAUUCACAUCCUCAUUGGCCGUCGGGCCCACACCCAGGACUGGGUCCAGCAGAAGGCUAGCAUUUGGACGAUCGCAGCCAGUCUGGCUGUCUUUGUGGUCUCCUUUCUACCGGUGCACCUGGGUUUCUUCCUGCAGUUCCUGGUGAGGAAUGGCUUUAUCCUGGAGUGCAGGGCUAAACAGAACAUCAGCUUGUUCUUGCAAUUGUCCCUGUGUUUCUCCAACAUUAACUGCUGCCUGGAUGUUUUCUGCUACUACUUUGUCAUCAAAGAAUUCCGCAUGGACAUUAUAGUACACCGGCCUUCCACAGCCUCCCUGGUCCUCCAGGACACCAUGAUCACCAGGACUGAGGGAAGAGAAGCUCUGUCAGAGGAAGAAAACCCCAGCCCUGAAUUCCAGUAGCAGGUGUCUUGUUCCAAGGUAUUUGAUGUGAUGGGAUGAAACAUACAGCACUAAUCACUGGGACGCUUACCAUUUUGAUGCUGAAUGAACGCCAUCUUUGCUCAUUGUACCUUAAAGACCUUUCCCCCAAAUACAGACAGUGUGGUGGUUAAGAUUGUCUGUCUACUUGGCUAAACCAUUAUUCUCUGUGUUUUAGUAGUUGUAUAAUGUUGUGAUCACCCCCAUGAUGGAAUC